AUGAUAGGGAAAGAAUUAGCAGAGGGGUCAUCAAGGUCCCCAAGUGAUCAACCGGCAACCCCGAGCCGGUAUGAAUCGCAGAAGAGAAGAGAUUGGAACACUUUUGGGCAGUACUUGAAGAACCAGAGGCCUCCAGUUCCACUUUCACAGUGCAAUGGCAACCAUGUUCUGGAGUUCCUUCGAUAUAUGGAUCAAUUUGGAAAGACUAAAGUUCACUUGCAAGGAUGCAUCUUUUAUGGACAGCCCGAACCGCCAGCUCCUUGCACUUGCCCUCUUAGACAAGCUUGGGGCAGUCUUGAUGCACUUAUCGGAAGGCUUCGAGCUGCCUACGAAGAGAAUGGAGGCUCACAGGAGACAAACCCCUUUGCUAGCGGUUCAAUUCGUGUCUAUCUGAGGGAAGUCAAGGACUGUCAAGCUAAGGCAAGGGGUAUUCCAUACAAGAAGAAGAAGAAGGCGGCAAGCCAAAGCAAUGAAGAUGAGGAACCACAUUCUACAAUGCAAUUCUGUUGAUACUUAGAGCUGCUUUGGGAAAAUGGU